UUCAACAUUAAGCACGUAAAAUGUAAAACCGGUGGACUAAAUGCCACAAGACAUGCUCUACCAGUCGAACCUUUGGACCAAACUUAGAUGGAUGUUUGGGUGAUGUGAUAACUGUAAAAAAAUAUAUAUAUAUUUAAUUAGUAAUUCAUAUACCGGGUUAAAAUGCUUGGCGUAAAAAGGCACAGUUUCAAAUCCCACCGCGACCAUGUAACUACCAAUGACUAUUUUCAAAGUUAUGCACAUUAGUUUACAUACUUAUUGAUGCUCACACACUGAAGGAAAACAUAGUGAGGAGAACUGUGCGUUCAGGCAACUGUGUCUGCAGGCUCUGUCUGCCCUAUAAGGGCACAAGAUGGCCUGCCUCAGCAAAUGUGUACUGACUGUGUGGUGUUUAUCAAAAACUGCAUGGAAUUCAGAAGGAAAUGCAAAGAUGCUGAAGCUUCUCUAUUACAUGUCACAAAACAAAUGACACAUAAUAAAAAUUUGAAGAAAAAGAGUUUAUUACAUUUUGAGAAUGUGGCCCAAGAACAGGGGCUAAACAUAGAUGAAGAUGACCGACCAUUGAAGCAUUUCAUAGAUAGGACUGAUAGUGUAUCGUCAAAAGAUUUGGAACCAAACAACGACCUUAAUAUUGAGACAGUUUUGGAAGAAACGUAUGAUGAUCAUAUCCAACAUGAAUCAGUGAUUGAACAUGAUGUGUCAACUAGAACUAUUGUUAAAGAAGAUUGCGUAUCAAUAAUUGGAGAAAACCUCACCACAACUUUAGAACUUAACAAUAUUAAUGAAGCAAAUCCUGAAAGGAAAACAAUAAUGUCUAAAGAUGAUUCACAAGAACCGUUAUAUGAAUUGGUAGAUAGUGAUACGAUCAAGCAGCGAGUGUUGUGUAAGCUGUGCCACAAGGAGCUGUCGCUCCGCAGCUUCGUGUCGCACGUGGCGCGGCGGCACCCCGGGGCCGACCGGCGCGCCAAGUGCGAGCUGUGUGACCGCUACGUCACCGCCGCCAAGAUGAACCGACACGUGGUGUUGGUGCACGGCUCCGGCCCGUUCAAAUGUGGUUACUGCAAGCGCGAGCACGCGUCGCGGGAGGCGCUGCUGGAGCACGCGGGCGCGUGCGCGGACAGGAAGAAGAAGCGGAAGCCCAGCCAGACCAGCCGGGCGCUGCAGCAGUGCGCCGUGUGCCACAAGACGAUGCAGCGCGCCAGCCUGCGCGCGCACACCCGCGUGCAGCACGCCGGCCUCGGGCCCGUCUGCGAGCACUGCGGCCUGCGGUUCAGCAACAAGUUGCGGCUGCUCGAGCACGGGCGCGCCAAGCACGGCCACCACAAGCUGCAGUGCUCCUUCUGCGACUUCCAGAGCGCCGGCGUCGUCGCCUUGAGGAACCACGAGCGCCGUCACCGCGGCGAGAAACCGUUCGUGUGCGAGACAUGCGGCGCCAAGUUCCACGCCGCGUACCUCCUCGCGCAGCACAGACACUCGCACCGCACGGAGAAACUUGUCAAGUGCGAGCAAUGCCCGGCGGCGUUCAAGGCGAGCAACAACCUGCACACGCACAGGCUGGCGUGCCACGGCGCGCGCGCGCGCUGCGAGCUGUGCGGCCGCGACUACGGCGGCCGCCUGUACGCCGCGCGCCACCGCCGCCGCGCGCAUGCGCCGCCUCCCGCCGACCUGUUAUAAAUGUUUCAAGGACAUUAAAGCGUUUAAACUAUC